AUGAGGUGCCAGCCCGGAACUUCUCGAAGGAAAAAUACUUUCUGGUUUUGUAACAAGACUUAUCUUGCAGAUCGGUUACUAAAAGAUAUACUAAAAGUGGGAGCUCAAAAUGGCUUUGGACAUCGUUUAGAGCAUCUAUGGACUCCAGUCGGGGCGAAAAGAGUUUCCAUCUCUCAUGGAUUUGAUUUAAACAAAUAUAACACUUUCUCGAUGCUGCCAAGGGAUAUAAGCCAGCAUAUACUUUAUGAUUUGGUCUAUUCACAAUUACUAGAUGUCCCAUACUAUAUGCGUUUAGGGAUUGCGCUCAACAGAAUACCCAGGGCCGUAGUUAACGACAGUUGGAUGGGGGGUGUCUCUUCACAGGGUUCAUCUAUGUUACUGUCUCUGUUAAUUUAUCUUAAAGAUUGGAAGAACCUUCAAUCGCUGAAUUUUUAUUUCUGUGAUCUAAUUCGGAAAAAGGUCUCCAUCAGAUCAGUG